GCGACAGACAGCCAGCCUUGCAAGCCUAGGUACCCUUAUUCGCUCCUCAUCUCGCAAACAUGACUUUUAUAAAAUGCCACCGGACUCCUUUCCAUGAUUGUUUACAUUGCCGGGUUGAGGACUGGAUUGGAAGAACGUCAAAUACCCCCGACAAAAGCAAAUGCUGCUCAAAUCCCCACGACUUCGAAAUGCCUCCCUCGCCUCCGGCUUCGUCAGAACGAGCUUCUUCCCCGUCGAAGCGCCGGCGUCCCGACGAUGAGGUUCCGAUAAAUCUCGAUUUCGACAUAACCCCACGACCUUCGCGCCACCUCGCUUUCGAUAUAGGUCUUUCGCUCCAACAAACUCCGUCGCGGUCCAGGCCUUCCAAGCGCUCCGUCAGCCCAAUCAAGUUUACAGACGAGCUCGCAAUGCUAGAGAAACCUAUCCGAAUCAAGAAGCCUUCCCUUGAGUUGCUGCCGACAAAAGCGCGGGAGCUAUACAGUAGCGUACUUCGAAUGGUCGAUUUCGCCAUCGCAAUCGUGCCAAUCGAGGCGGAACGGGCGUUCGGGGAACAUGUACGCAUGGCGGAGCUCCCGCCCACGAUUUUCAAGGGCCAAAAGGAUGGUCAAGAUGCACACGCAGUGGCAGAAGCAGAAAGGGAGCUUGAAUCUCUACUCGAAAUCGUAGCGGAUGCCAACAAAUGCUCUACAGAGGGUUUGUCGGAGUUUUCUUGGAACAUUGAAGUACAUGCACCUCUGCUCAAACUCGCGACUCGAAAGACCCCUGGUGUGAGCCGAUACGAAAUCAUCUCUGCUCGCGUGUCAAAUCUGUGCUUGCCCCCAUUCGGCGACGGCGCCACCUGCGAGUUCCCAGAAUCUUACGUUGCCCCUCCGUCCUCGGUAUCGUCUAGAAGCACCAGCUCAACUGCUGCGUCCCGCAAGAAGGAUAAUCAUGUUGCGGCCGGGAGAAUGGUGGACUUUGGUUUGUUUAUGGAGACCAAGUCGACACCGCUCGAAAAAGCGAUAUCGGCUCUAGUCCUACAGUCAGAACAACGUUCCGUCAACCACAGCAGUUAUAGCCCUCUCCGUUCCCUACCUUUGGGCGUUAGUAUCGAAACGAAAAGCCCCGGUGCAGCAGAUAAUGGGCUCGUUCAAUUAGCUCUAUGGACGGCGGCAUGGUUUCGACGGAUGGAACAAUUAUUAGAACUAUCAACAUACCGACAAACCGAGUUUCAAAUGCUCGAAGCAGUGCCGGCGAUUUUGGUGAAUGGACACCAAUGGCGUCUGCUGUUUUUUUGCCACCGAGGCGACUCUAUCACAUGUGUAGGUGAAAUUCCGAUGGGGGAUACCACCACUUUGACGGGAGCCUACAAAGUGCUGGGGGUGUUACGUCUCCUUGUGCGCUGGGUAGACGAAGAUUUAAGGGAAUGGUUUGAAGGAUUGCUCCUACGUGCGUAAUCAGAAACCUUUUAUGUAUUGAGAUUCUAUAUUUUACCGUUGCCUGUCUCGUCCUUGGGAUACGCCGGAGCCAGAAGAACGGCUAUGACAGCGGGUCAAUGGAGCGUCGCAGGGGCCUUUCAUCCGAAUUUUGAGUUGGUCGCUUUCUGGAAGUUAGCAUCAGCAACUCGUCUCGUCCUCAAGAGUUUAUUUACUCAUCAUGUUUAAUGUUGUUCCCUUCAUUUUUGGUCAUACAGCUGAGGGCCAAAUGGUGGGCGAUGACCUCAUGGGACGGCUACCUGUCUCUUGCCGGGUAACAACAUGCAUUUGACAGGUACUUAAUUGCCCAUCGCAUUUGCAGCAGUAGUACGACGGCCGUCAUUGUUGCAUCAACAUUGGUA